AUGGCUUGGAGACCACCUGCUGCAAACAUGACUGGUUCGUCCUCAACCGCUGCUGCAAAUCCAAUUCCGACAACCGCCGCAGCUCCGACUCCGGCGAUCUUUGAUCCGAAUGAUCGAGUGAAUCCUUUCAGCCUUCAUCCCAAUGAGAGCCCGUCCCUGCGGCUGGUAACCGUACAUCUGGAAGGGAGAUCGAACUACCAUGCCUGGGCUAGGGCAAUGGAGAUGGCCUUGAAAUCGAAAAACAAGCUUGCUUUAGUGAACGGAUCAAUGGUGAUCCCUAAUCAGAAUGAUCCCAAACACUUCUAUUGGGAUCAAUGCAAUACCAUGGUUCUCUCAUGGAUUCUGAGGGUCGUUUCUCCCACCAUUGCUCGAAGUGUUCUAUGGAUUAACACUGUAGAAGGAGUAUGGAAGAACCUCAAGAAACGGUUCAGUCAACAGGAUAUCUUCAGAGUAGCAGAGAUCCAAGCUGAGAUUCACCAAACGAAGCAAGGUAACACUUCUGUGAAUGAGUAUUUUACUCAGUUAAAGCUGCUAUGGGAUGAGUUGGCUGUGUUAAGACCAAUUCCCUCUUGUGAUUGCAUUCCCAGUUGUAAAUGUGGAGCUGAUCUGUCUGAAAAAAUUAGAACUCAUAUUGAGAGUGAUAUGUUAACUGCUUUUUUGAUUGGGUUGAAUGAGAACUUUGCUUACACCAAGAGGCAAAUUAUGUUGAUGAAGCCUCUCCCUGAUGUUGGAGAAGCCUUUGCAAUGGUCUCUCAGCAAGAAAGGCAAAUAGAUGCCAUACCAAACAUCUUGACAGAAAACAUAACUGGAGCAAAUGCUUUCUUAGCAAAUUCUGGCAACAACAGAAAAUUUUAUCCAAAUCAGAAGCCAAAACCUGUGUGUUGCUAUUGUGGAUACACAGGGCACACAAUUGAUAAGUGCUAUAAGAAACAUGGCUACCCACCUGGAUGGAAGCCAAGAAGCAAAGGAAUGGGUUCUGUCAAUCAAGUCCAGUCCUCUUCACAAGAGUCAUUGGAAACUGGCCCUGAGAUUUCUGGCCCUGGGAUUUCUACUGUGACUGAGGAUGACUAUAGGAGGUUUUUGGACUUCAUGCAGCAACAACAAAGAAUUAGGAGUAAUCAGGCCACUCAUCUUACCAUCAACCCUCAUAUCAAUACCAUAUCAGCUAAUUUCAUACCUGAUGCAAGUGUAGAAGGUAAGAAAGUCAGUUCUGAUUUGGUUAAUUCUAAGCCUUUAUGGAUUCUUGACAGUGGUGCCACACACCACAUUGUGUGCAAUGAAUACAUGCUCCAAACAUCCAAGAGAGUGCAUGGUAUAUUUGUAGAUUUGCCUAAUGGACACCAAGCUCAGGUGUCUCAUAUUGGAAACAUCCAAUUAUCAGCUGAAUUAACCCUACAGAAUGACCAGCACCUUGGGAAGAUGAUUGGCAUGGCUGAGCUAAGGAAAGGACUCUACCAAUUGAUUUUUCCUGUUUUUAAUAGCUGUAAACAUGCUGCUAAUGCUUCUAAACAAAGAAGGCUUCCUUUUAAUUCUAGUUCCACUCUUUCAAUUGAUUGCUUUGAUCUUAUACAUAUUGAUGUCUGGGGACCAUACCAUGUGCCAACAGUCUAUGGUCAUCAAUAUUUCUUGACAUUGGUGGAUGAUCACAGUAGAGCCACCUGGAUAUAUCUCAUGAGGAACAAGAGUGAGGUUAAGCAACAUAUGCUGACAUUCUAUGAGCUAAUCAAAACACAAUUUGGGAAAGCCAUUAAAUGUGUAAGGUCUGACAAUGGAAAGGAAUUCUCAAUGGCAGACUUUUAUCAGCAGAGGGGUAUCAUCCACCAAACAUCUUGUGUGUAUACUCCCCAACAAAACAGUAUUGUGGAAAGGAAGCAUGGUCAUAUCUUGUCCAUAACAAGAGCCUUAAGGUUUCAAGCCAAUCUGCCUGAAGAAUUUUGGGGGGACUGCAUCCUUCAUGCAGUCUAUCUGAUGAAUAGACUACCAACUUCAGCAUUGAAUAAUCAAAUACCCUAUCAAAUCCUUUUCAAUAAGGUACCACAAUAUCAACACCUUAGAGUGUUUGAAUGCCUAUCCUUUGCUAUUAUUCCUAUCUGCCAAAGAAACAAGUUCUCCCCAAGGGCAAGGAAAUGCAUUUUCAUAGGGUUUGCAAAUGGAGUCAAAGGAUAUAAGUUAUUUGAUAUCAAGACAAAAGAGGUCUUCAUUUUCAGAGAUGUCCACUUCUAUGAAGACAUGUUUCCCUUCAAGCAGCCACAAGAGCCAAACUCUGACAGCUCAGUACUGCCACUCUGA